AUGAUGACACGUGGGGUCCGUAUUAUUGCACUGCAGGACUUGAGCACCCUUGCGCAGGUACUUCGGAGAGUACUUUUUGGGUCGAGAAACACCGAACUCGACCGAACAUCGUCGGUUCGGUGGCAAAGCGCAUUAGGCCGUGGGUGUAAAGUAGAGCGACUACAAAGGUACUUCCAGAUCGCAGAUGCGCGCCCCAAAACCGGCGGUGCCUUCUUUGUUUUUGUGGUCGGCGCCGCUACAGUGACGUCCCUUUCCGUGGAGACGUUUAACUCUCAUUACAUGUUGGCCCUCCCCACUUCCCUGCCAAAAGAAAAAUAA